AUGGCGGGUGCAACUCGGACUGCGAUUUUCUCUGCAGCACCCGAGCUCGAUCGUGAAGGUCAGACUCUAAGAUCCUUCCCAGCAGAAGCAGCACCAAAGACCAAAGUAGAUGCUAGACACCACAUAGACGGCGAAGUCAACGGCGCUUCGAGUGCAGAAACAAUUUCGAAUGGCGAUACAGCCGCACAUUUACAGGUAAAUAAUACAGGCAACGAGGCGUCAACCGCACCUAUUUCGAGCACGGAAAAAGCUAUCGCUGAGAACGACGUGAACGAUCACCGAGAGGCCCCAACAGCACCAAACACAGGCGGUGAUCUACCGCCACAAGACAUGAAAACCCAUCAUGAACCAGCUCUUGUCGCCGAGAGUGCCAAUGGCCACGUCACCGCGACCCCGAAUCCCCUCUCCCCAGCCACCAAACUCAAGCACCGUCUGAGGGACACACAAGACUUGAUCGUCUGCCUUGGCGUCUACGAUGGAUUCUCUGCCCGCAUUGCGCUGUCGGUGGGCUUCGAUGCCAUGUAUAUGACAGGUGCCGGAACCACUGCCUCGCGGUUGGGCAUGGCAGAUCUAGGCGUAGCCAGCCGCACCGACAUGAAGGAGCAUGCGGACAUGAUAGCGAACUUGGAUCCUAGCAAGAUCCUCAUAGCUGACAUGGACACGGGUUACGGUGGCCCUAUCACCAUCACGACGACCGUCAACCAGUACAUACGUGCCAACGUUGCAGGCUUUCAUAUCGAAGACCAGCUCCUUACGAAGCGCUGCGGCCAUCUAGCCGGGAAGAAGGUUGUCUCUCAAGAAGUCUACCUCUCACGCAUCAGAGCCGCCAAAGCAGCCAAAGACAAAGCACGCUCGGAUAUCGUCCUGAUUGCAAGAACUGACGCGAACCAACAACACGGGUAUGACGAAUGCCUCACCCGAUUGCGCGCUGCUCAAGAUCUUGGCGCGGACGUCGGUCUGCUGGAAGGCUUCAAGAGCAAAGACGAAGCGCGCCGGGCAGUACAGGAUCUCGCGCCAUGGCCUCUGCUGCUGAACGUCGUUGAGAAUGGUCACAGUCCUUUAAUCACCGUAGAUGAAGCGAGGGACAUGGGUUUCCGGAUCAUCAUCUUUUCCUUCGGAACCCUGGUCCCAGCCUAUUUGGCGAUCAAAAGCGCAUUUGAGAGGUUGAAGGUCGAAGGGAUUACAGGCGUCCAUGAAACAGAGAUUAGUCCAAGGUGUAUUUUUGAUGUCUGUGGCUUGGAGGAAGCGAUGGAGGUUGACGAAAAUGCUGGAGGAGAGGACUUUAAGGGCGGUGUCUGA